AUGAUUUGUCCAAGUGUACAAAAAGACAUUGUGAGAUCUUGUGCAAAAGAAACAUUAAAGGCAAUUGUUAAAGACUUGAAUGGUGAUUACAUUGGGAUAUUGGUUGAUGAAUCUAAGGAUGUCUCUCAUAAAGAACAAAUGGUGCUUGUUUUGCGUUAUGUCAAUAAAGAGGGUAAAGUUAUUGAGAGAUUUCUUAGCAUUGUUCAUGUUAAAGAUACAUCUGCAAAGUCAUUGAAAGAAGCAAUUUGUUAUUUGCUUUUGGAACAUUCAUUGAGUAAAUCUCAAAUACGGGGACAGGGCUAUGAUGGAGCUAGUAACAUGCAGGGAGAAAUUAAUGGCCUUAAGACUUUGAUUAUGAAUGAUACUCCUUCGGCAUAUUGCAUACAUUAUUUUGCUCAUCAAUUGCAAUUGACGCUUGUGGCUGUUGCAAAGAAACAUUAUGAGCGCAGGGAGAUGCUUCGAGAUGAUCAAGCAGAAAAGCUGGAGGAAUUACUAAUGCUUGGUGAAGUUCAUACAGGAAGCGGAUUAAAUCAAGAACUUGGACUUCAAAGGGCAGGUGAUACUCGUUGGGGUUCUCAUUUUAAGACAAUGCGUAAUUUUAUUAGUUUAUUCUCAUCAAUUGUUCAUGUGCUUGGAAUUCUUGCAAUUGAGGGUUCAAAUUAUUCAUGA